AAUAUUUCUCUUCAUGAUUUUCAUCAAUUUGCUGGUUUGAGCAGCAAAAUGGCAAGUUCCACGAUUACUACACCAAUGACGAACACUACCGAGGCGUCGUUCGAGGAUGCUGCAAAUUUUCAUCUGUACACUGGAGUGACUAUCUUUUCUACUGUAUUCCUGUUCGUGAUAACAGCUCCAACUCUUGUAUUCAACGGGAUGACACUGUUUGCCAUCCAUAAAGAUCCUCUGAAAUGCUUCAGGAAUCCGCUAGCGAUGUUCAUGACUGGAGUCUUAGUUGCAGACUUCAUUUCUGGACUGAUUGUGUAUCCGUUUUUCGGCGCUGUUUAUGCUCAUGAUUUGCGCGUGGGAAUAAACGACUCUACUUAYAAAGUCUACCAUGUUGCUGGUGAAGUUCUCACGGCUACUGUAACAAUAUCGUUCCUGACUCUAUUGGGGUUGGCUAUUUCGCAGUUGAUCGCCGUAAAUUCGCCAAUGCGGUAUGAUCGAUGGGUUACUGUCCGUGGAGUCAAGACGGGUCUAAUCUGCAUAUGGAUUUACGCAGCCGCGUUCAUUAGCGUACCGCGUUUCUUCAGACGUGGAAACUGGAUUGAUUAUGUCUUCUUAUUUUUCUUAAUAUCUCACUGGCUAUCUUCUCCAGUGUAUUCCUGUUCAUAA